CAGGAGGAAGAAGAAGAAGUAUGGACUCAGAGCACCAAACCAUGGAACAGUUCCUCCGAUGGGCAGCAGAGCUCGGCGUUUCAGAUUCCACCUAUCCUUCUCGAUCUCGCGAUUCUUGUCUCGGCCGUACCCUCUCCGUCGCCGACUUCCCUCUCGCCGGCGGGAGAGGCUUGGGAGCUGUUCGUGAGCUCAGGAAAGGAGAAUUGGUUCUGAAAGUCCCGAGGAACGCUCUGUUGACUACAGAGUCCAUGGUCGCUAAAGAUCCGAACUUGGGGGAUUCUAUCAAUCUUCACGCAUCGCUUUCUUCGACCCAGAUACUGAGUGUUUGCUUGUUGUAUGAGAUGAGUAAAGGGAAGAGCUCUUUUUGGUACCCUUACUUGGUUCAUUUGCCUCGUGACUAUGAUCUCUUGGCUACGUUCGGUGAUUUCGAGAAGCGAGCUUUACAAGUUGAAGAUGCUGUUUGGGCUGCUGAGAAGGCUAUAGCAAAGUCUCAGUCUGAGUGGAAGGAAGCUGUUACGUUGUUGAAGGAGUUAGAUCUCAAGCCCAAGUUUCAGAGUCUUCAAGCAUGGAACUGGGCUUCUGCGACUAUAUCUUCACGGACGCUGCAUAUUCCAUGGGACAGUGCUGGGUGUUUGUGUCCUGUGGGGGACUUGUUUAACUAUGAUGCUCCUGGAGAUGAUUCGAAUACCCCAAAAGGUCCUGAAACUGUGAAUAAUGCAGAGGAAGCAGGACAUGUUGUUGAGACUCAGUCUGAAAGGCUCACAGAUGGUGGAUUCGAUGGAGAUGCCAAUGCUUAUUGUCUUUAUGCAAGAAGGAAUUAUCAGCUAGGAGAACAGGUUCUUCUAUGUUACGGGACUUACACGAAUCUGGAGCUUCUUGAGCACUAUGGGUUUACUUUAGAAGAGAAUUCAAACGACAAGGUCUUUAUUCCUCUAGAGACCAGCCUUUACGCUCUAUCUUCUUCAUGGCCUAAAGACUCCUUAUACAUUCAUCAAGACGGCAAACCAUCUUUUGCGCUUGUAUCCACGUUGAGACUGUGGCUGACCCCACAGAGCCAGCGUGACAAGUCGGUUAUGCGCCUCGUCUAUGCUGGUUCUCAGAUAUCUGUGAAGAAUGAGAUUCUAGUCAUGAAGUGGGUGUCAGAGAGAUGUAGAAAUGUUUUAAAGGAUCUGCCAACGUCUCUCCAAGAGGACAGAGGGAUUCUUCAGGAUAUUGAUAAGCUUCAAGACCCUGAGUUGCGUCUGGAGCAGAGAGAAGUAGAAGCUUUUGGAAGUGAAGUACGUUCUUUUCUAGAGGCGAAUCAUUUGUGGGAUUUGAUAAAUGGGGGAUUUUCUGGGAAGAUUAAGAGGAUAAUGAGUAAAUGGAGAUUGUCAGUGCAGUGGAGGCUAAGGUACAAGAGAACUCUUGCUGAUUGUAUCUCUUAUUGUAAUGAGAAAAUAAAUAAUCUAUCAGGUACCUAAGGUAGGUUAUGAGAUU